AUGAGCGGCCCAAAGUCGAUAAGCUUAUCCGGAGAAUUAACAACGGGAAGCUAUUGCAGCAACAGCGACAGUGACAGCAGUCAUCAGUCGAGUGGAGGUGGUGGUACGCGAUGUGUGCAAGGCAAUCAAACUGGUAUGGAUGAAAAGCUAAGCGUGGACCUUCGUUUCGUGAACGAGUUUGAAGAGCUGUCAGCAAUUGGCAAAGGUGGCUUCGGUCAAGUUACACUCGCCGAGAAACGCUUGGAUGAACGAAGGUAUGCGAUCAAACGGGUUGGUCUUAACUUGAAGAACCAGACGUCGAAGACUUUGCAGAAGUUUUUGUGUGAGGUGAAAAUUCUGGCGCUGCUGGACCACGCUAACAUCGUUCGGUACUAUCAGGCAUGGAUGGAAAAGGUUGGGGAGAGCACAAAUGAAACGUCGGUUGCAUCGUCGGUUGCCUCCGACACGAGCUCAGUCGAUGGACUCGCUGCUGGGGCAAAUUACUCAACAAAUAAUCUUCUCGCACCGAUCUCAGAGCUUGAGUUUCCAGGAGACCAACGCGACCUCGAGAGCUUCUACAGCGACGGAAGCGUGAUCAGUGACAAUGCCGAUGAUGGUGGGUUUGUCUGGGAACGUGAGACGUCUAGUAUGGAAGGUGAGGAUGGCUGGAAAGAAGAAGAUCUGGUCGUGCAAAACAAGCCACGCAUAAGCCACCUGCCUCCCCGUGUGUCUUCGUCUUGCGCACCGGCUGCUCAUGGUAGCGAAGACGACUCUUCGUGCAACGCGGUAGAAAAAUGUGAUCACUGGCUGUACAUUCAGAUGCAGUACUGUGCUGGCCGCAACUUGGCGGACUAUCUGGCUGUUUCAAGCCGCCCGAUGGAGUUGUCGAGAAUGUUGAAGAUCUUUGUGCAGAUAGCAAGUGCACUUGCGCACGUACAUUCGUGUGGACUGAUUCAUCGCGAUCUGAAGCCAGCGAAUAUCUUUGUUGCCGACGUGGAGAGAGACGAGAUUAAGUUGGGGGAUUUUGGCUUAUCGCGCUACGCUGCGAAUGCAAGCAGCCUGAAUGCCUCGACAAGUCUUGAUGAUCCCCAACAAGGAUGUCUUUCCAAUGGUGUGGGGGACACUCCUCUAUCUAUGUCGGUGCGGUCGAACAUGUCGGAGAGUACUGAGGUGACUGCGGCUGUUGGCACGUAUCUUUAUGCAAGCCCGGAACAAGUCGCAGGGAAGAAGUACAACGCCAAGACGGACAUGUACUCGUUGGGAAUGAUCCUUUUUGAGCUGUAUCACGACCGCUUUGGCACGACAAUGGAGCGAUACAUUACUCUCCGUGAUGCCCGAGACAGUAAGUUCCCUGCUGAUCUCCGCGCGACAAAGAGAUGUCCUGAAAUCCUAGACAUGCUCAGCAAGUUGUUAAGUCACGACCCGAGUGCGCGACCUACAGCCGAUGCAGUCGUUCAGUGGGGGCAAAUGAUGUACGAAACGAGCCUUGCUCAGAAAGCUAUGGAUGUUGUGCGGUCGCCGCGCAACCUAGGCAUGAUUUGA